AUGCACUUCUCUCGACUCUGCCUCGGCUUCGCUCUGGCACAAGGGCUGAAUGCCUCGCUUACUUACAAGGGAGUCGACUGGUCAUCAGUCGUGGUCGAGGAAGACGCUGGGUACACGUACAAGACGACCAGUGGCACGACAGAGCCUCUGGAGACGAUUCUGAAGGCGAGCGGAGUCAAUACAGUCCGCCAACGAGUCUGGGUCAACCCUUCAGACGGUAUUUAUGAUCUUGACUACAACAUCGAGCUGGCCAAGCGCGCCGGUGAUGCUGGUCUUGCGGUCUACCUCGACCUGCACCUCUCUGACACCUGGGCUGAUCCGGGCGAUCAGACCAUCCCAUCUGGAUGGCCAACCGAUAUUGAUGACCUGACCUGGGAGCUGUACAACUACACUCUGGCUGUGUCCAAUGCCUUCGCCGCCGAAGACCUUGAGCCCGUCAUCAUCUCGAUUGGCAACGAGAUCUCGGCGGGCCUGCUGUGGCCCACUGGCGAGACGCCAGAUUACUACAACAUCGCCGACCUGCUGCACUCGGCAGCAUGGGGCAUCAAGGACAGCGAUCUUGCCACACAGCCCAAGAUCAUGAUCCACCUGGACAAUGGCUGGGAUUGGUCAGAGCAGCAAUAUUUUUACGAGACCGUCCUGGCCGAAGGCCCUCUCCUGACGACCGACUUCGACAUGAUGGGCGUGUCAUACUAUCCUUUCUAUUCGUCCUCCGCAACUCUAUCGUCGCUCAAGAGCUCCCUGGCUGACAUGGCCAGCGCCUGGGGUAAGGAGAUUGUCGUGGCCGAGACCAACUGGCCCGUGUCGUGCCCCGAUCCCGAGUAUGCCUUCCCCAGUGACCUCACGAGUAUCCCAUUCUCCGCAGCUGGUCAGACGGAAUUUAUCGAGGACGUUGCUGCUGUUGUGGCUGCCACGAGUGGUGGCUCAGGACUUUUCUACUGGGAGCCUGCGUGGAUCAACAACGCAGGUCUGGGCUCGUCGUGCGCCUCCAAUCUCAUGUUCAGCUCGUCGGGCGUGGCCUACUCUAGCCUUGCGGUAUUUGAGAGCAUCUGA